CUAAGCCAUGAAAAUUAUUUGAAAGUAAGAGCCAAAAGGGUUUAACAAAGGGAUUCUUCGUAACAAUUCUCUCUGAACUAAUUUCAAAUUCGUUCACGUUUAUUCAUCUAAUUCGGCUGCUUGCAGCCAUUUUUUCGAAGCUCGAAGUUUCAAUUGAAAUGGAUUCGUCUGUGAUUACUUCAUUGUCACUGAGCUUCAAGCAAGUUCCACCAGCAGCUGUUCCCGCUUUUCUUGAUUGUGUUUUAAGCUCCACAGGCGUAUCUUCUUCAACCCUUUUCGAAUCUCUUAUCGAGCAAUUUCCUUUUCGUUUAGAGGACACGGUAAAUGGGGACAAGAGAUUUGAUUCUGAUGAUUGCAACCACAUUGCUUCAUUGGUGGCUGGGCUUUGUCAUCUACUAAGGAAUUUUGCAGGCUUUGGUACUGCAGAUAAUCAUAAUGCGUUGCAGUUAUUUGUGUGGAGAGUGUUUAUUCCACUCAUGAAGAUGGUUCGUGCAUAUGAUUUGGAUAUGCUUAAUAAGAUUGUAGAAUCGUUCUUUGAUGUAGUGAUUGAGACUAGUGUAUUGGGAGUGAGCUUGGUGCCAUUUUUACUGAGAUCAAUUGGUGUUUCAAUGGGAAUGCUUCAACACGAAGAAUCAGAUUUCAUCAAAUGGGGCGAUCUGUUGCUUCGUGAUUCUUUGAAUACGACAAAUAUGGAUGAGAACUACAUUGCAAAUUUGUCUGAAUCAUUUCCAAUUCCACUGUCGUGCCAUCUUCUGAAUUUGAUUCUGAAUGCUGCUUUUCAAAGUCGCCAAGCAGCUCCAGAGAUGGAAAGUUUUGCAGCUGGUAUGCUUUGGGAUUUGUGUAAUAUGACUGAGCGGCUUUUGUCUCAAAGUUUAAAACAUCGUUCUUGUGCUGUUAGUUUCCUCCUCCCUGCUAUUUUCAAGGCAUUCUCUUCUCAGUCCUCCUUGAAGAUCUUACACCAAGAAAAUAUGUACAUACUUUCAAGGAAUGGCUUCAAAAAAAGAAUUUGGGAAUGCUGCAAGAAGCUGUUCUCGGUUGGAUCAAUAGAGAGAAGGGAUGCUUACAGUGUCCUCUCUUUGUGUCUUUCUUCUGGCUCUUGGACAGACGAAACUGAAAGUUUUGUUUCAGAAAAAGAAGCUGUCGAAUUUGACUUGAGAUCCGAACAAGAGUUUUGGGAUGAAAUCAAGAUAGGCUUGGUUGUUGAUGAGAGCUUAGUAAGGAAGCAGUCAUUGCAUAUACUAAAAUCAGUUUUAUCCAUAAGUGAAGUGAGUAAGACCAGUUCUGAGAAGAAGCCUGAAGGGAAUUCAGGUAAUCGGUCAAUGACAAGAAAGGAUACAUGGGCAGAAAAGGAAGCCAAGUCGCUUGGUGUCGGAGAAUUGUAUGGCUCUGUCGACUCUGGGUUGACUAGUCAGCAAGGAUGGCAAGCUUUUCUGCUCUUGUAUGAGAUGCUUGAAGAGUAUGGCACCCAUCUUGUAGAAGCAGCAUGGAGUAACCAGAUUGAUUUAUUAAUCAAGUCAUCUCUCAGAUAUGAUGGAACCUUGAAAUCCGACUGUAAUAACUCUCAUCAUGGUCACAUGGAAACUCCAGAUGAAGAAGCUAAAAUAUUUAAUUGGUUAGAGGUUCUUUGGAAUCGAGGCUUUCGUCAUGAUAACCCUCUAGUCAGGUGCACGGUCAUGGAGUCUUUUUUCGGUAUCGAGUGGAGGAGAUACAAAACAUGUACACAAUCAAUGUCCCAAACUUUCGUUCUUGGGCCUUUCAUAGAGGGUUUGAAUGAUCCUACACACCACAAGGAUUUUGGGCUGAAAGGAAUAUAUACCUCAAGAACAAUUGAAGGUGCAGCUCAAUAUGUGUGUGCGUACACAAGUUGCCUCAACCCAAGGAAUCGGGUUGGAUUUUUGAUCAACCUGGCAUCUCUUGCGAAGAAACAGUCUUUUUGUAGAGCUGGAUUUAUGGCUCUCGUACAAUGCAUUGUUUCUACGGCAUAUGUGGUUGGAGGAUACGGGGACAAGGAAAUGGGGCACCUUGAAGAUAAAUUUUCUGGGACUGCCCAUGAACCUUCUUGUGAACAUUUAAGUCAAGAUGAUAUGACACAUAUACUGGAUGUCUUGAAGUUUGUUGCAGAGAGCAGCAGACAGCAUUUUAAUCAUAAAUACCGUAUUCGAGUUUAUCAAAAAGUGUUAGAAACUGCUGCUUCUGCGGUGAACCCUUGUAAUGUACCUCUUGGAACACUAUUGCAGUUUGUUUCAGCAAUUCCUCGGGAGUUUACUGACCAUGAUGGUUCAUUGCGCAAAAUGAUGUUAGAAUGGCUCCAGGGGUGCAACAGAAAGAUUUCCAACAGUUUAUGUACUGAUGGCACCCGUCUUCUGGCUAGCCUUUAUGAGUAUCUGAAAGGAUUUAUCAGUGAUAAUGUUGAGAGUUUUGAUGAUGAAGACUUGGAAGCAUGGGAUUCUCAAACAAAACGAUGGGCAAGAGUAUUGUUCCUCAUAAUUAAUAAAGAAAAAUAUCUCACUGAUAUCAUAAUGUUUGUGCAAAAUAGCGGCCUUAGUUUUUUCCAAGAGAAGAACCAUUUAGAACGAACACCUGCCAAGUUUUUAAUCUUUAUUCUGAGUAUGCUUUUAGAGCUCCAGAACAUGCAAGAUGGAAUUUCUGAGCUUAGUUCUUCGGUGAAAAGAAAGUCGUGCAUUGGCUCUAAUGAGGAAACUGGCAAGCAGAUUGUUGGCAAUGCUUCCAAUAUUAAGAAAAAGUUUGCUGUUGUUCUCUUAUCAAUACUGAAGGAGCUGAUUCAAUUUGCUGAUUCAUCUUGUUCAAUAUUCUGGUCUCACACUACUGUGGAGAAUGGUGCUCUGCCUGGUUCUGUCACAGGAAAACUAGGGGGUCCAAGUCAACGCCGGCUAUCUAUUCCUACUACAACAGCUGUACUGGAAGCUGUAUUGUCGGUGAAAACCAUUGGGUUGAUCUCGUCAUACUGUGCUCAAUUCACUAGUGGUGUUGGUGAACUCAAAUUAGCAUUGGGUUUCUUUUGGAAGUUCACCCAGCAUACCAUAUCACCUCAAAUUUGUAAUUCUGAGGCCGCAGCUGAGAUCUAUCUUGCAGCAUUUGAGGCGCUAGCUGCAGUACUGAAUGCAUUUGUGUCCUUGUGCUCAGCUGGAGCUUUCAACCUUUUAGAAAACGAUAAUACAUUGUUAACCAUGGUAGAUGGUGAAUUUUGGUUACAAGUUUCGGUUCCGGCUUUCCUUCAUAACAUUAACCAUCUUCUCACAGCAGGAGUUCUGGUAAGAAGUAGAAGGGCAGUUCUGCUAAGCUGGAAGUGGCUUUGUGUGGAGUCUCUAUUAUCAGUCAUGCAUAUUCUUGAUGCCAGACGUACUCCAGGGGAUAGAAAGUCGUUCUUCUCAGAUGAUACAGUUAAAAGCAUUUUUCAAGAUAUUGUAGAGAGCCUUGAAAAUGCUGGGGAGGGUUCUGCUUUGCCUAUGCUGAAAUCUGUCAGACUCGCUUUGGGGAUACUUGCGUCUGGGAAUUCAUCUUUGGAUGGUUUCUCGGGUGUGGAUACUCAGACGAUGUGGCAGUUGGUCAAAUCAUGUUGGAUAUUGCAUAUCAGCUGCAAAAAAAGAAGGGUUGCACCCAUUGCUGCGCUUUUGUCUUCUGUGUUGCAUUCUUCUUUGUUUAGUAAUAAAGACAUGCACAUAGCUGAAGAUGGACAAGGUCCACUGAAGUGGUUUGUUGAAAAAGUACUUGAGGAAGGUCAAAAAAGUCCACGCACAAUUCGCCUUGCGGCCUUGCACCUAUCAGGACUCUGGCUCAUGUACCCAAGGACGAUAAAGUACUAUAUUAGAGAAUUGAGGCUUCUGACGCUCUAUGGUUCUGUUGCAUUUGAUGAAGAUUUUGAGGCUGAAUUGUCUGACAAUACUGAUGCACGAACUGAAGUAUCAUUAUUGGCCAAAAGCCCAGACCCUGAACUGACAGAACUUUUUAUCAACACGGAGUUGUAUGCACGUGUCUCUGUCGCUGGUCUGUUUCAGAAGCUGGCUAAUUUGGCCUAUAUGGUUGAACCAGCAAGUCAAAAUCAAGGUUGUCAGGAUGCUCUUGUGGCUGGAAAAUUGUUUCUGUUGGAGCUUCUUGAUGCAGCGGUGCAUGAUAAAGACUUGGCAAAGGAGCUUUACAAGAAGUAUAGUGCUAUCCAUAGAAGGAAAAUACGUGCUUGGCAGAUGAUAUGCAUUAUGUCGCGGUUUGUCAGCAAUGACAUUGUUGGCCAAGUUAUGGACAGUGUGCACAUAUGCUUACAUAGAAAUAACCUGCCUGCUGUUCGACAAUACCUGGAAACAUUUGCCAUCAACAUUUACCUGAAAUUUCCAGCAUUGGUGAAAGAGCAGUUAGUUCCUAUACUAAAAAAUUAUGACAGUAAAGCUCAGCAAGCUCUCUCGUCGUAUGUCUUUGUAGCAGCCAAUGUCAUCCUCCAUGCCGAAAAGAUAGCUCAACAGACACAUCUGAGAGAACUUCUUCCACCAAUAAUACCGUUACUAACUUCUCAUCAUCAUAGCUUACGUGGUUUCGCUCAGUUAUUAGUGCAUCGAGUACUCUUUAGACUGUCUCCCCCUGUGGAGUCCACAUCCUCUCAUACAAUAUCCCUGGAGAAACUUUCUUUUGAGAAUUUGAAGUCUUACCUGGACAAGAAUCCUGAUUGUUCAAGAUUGCGAGCAUCCAUGGAAGGAUUUCUUGAUGCCUAUGAUCCCAGCACAUCUGCUACUCCAGCUGGUGUUUUUGUAAAUCGUGUUGAGGAAAGUGAGUUUGAAUGUGUUCCAACAUGCCUCAUGGAUAACGUGCUCUCUUUUCUGAAUGAUGUAAGGGAAGAUCUCCGUGCUUCCAUGGCAAACGAUGUAGUUACCAUCAAAAAUGAAGGCUUCAAGAUUGAUGAAGGGCCCAACCGUCGGUUGAUCAUAUCAACGACAGAUGAAGAAAGGAUUUCUGAGCCAUCUUCGUUGGAUUUCCAGAGGAAGAUCACUCUUUCCAAACAUGAGAAGCAAGAUGCUAGUUCAACUUCUGUGCUCCGAAACGGGGAAACUUACAAGCGGCUCUUUGAAAUGGAAAAAGAAGAUGAGCUCGUGACUCAGCUCUUACGAUCUAGAAGCAUGGAGGUCGAAAGGUUGAAAUCUGGUCGACAGAGUUUGAUCCUUGUGGCUUCAUUGGUUGAUCGUAUUCCUAAUCUUGCUGGAUUAGCCCGGACAUGUGAGGUGUUUAAAGCAUCAAAUCUUGCUGUUGCAGAUGCAAACAUAAUACACGACAAACAGUUCCAACUAAUUAGUGUGACUGCUGAGAAAUGGGUUCCAAUCAUGGAAGUCCCAGUAAACAGUUUGAAACUGUUCUUGGAGAAGAAGAAACGGGAAGGCUUCUCAAUCUUGGGACUGGAACAGACGGCGAAUAGCGUUUCACUUGACAAAUACCAAUUCCCAAAGAAGACGGUUUUGGUGCUGGGUCGUGAAAAGGAAGGCAUCCCAGUGGAUAUAAUCCAUAUACUGGACGCUUGUAUCGAGAUCCCACAACUUGGAGUUGUUAGGUCUCUCAACGUUCAUGUCAGCGGUGCCAUUGCCCUCUGGGAAUACACUCGGCAGCAACGCAUUCAAUAGUUCCAAAAUUUAUCUACUUGUGAGUACUUGAAGGAGCUUUUGAAUCAAGUAUGCCUGAGAAAACAUCUUCAAAUCUCCUUAAGCUUUUUGUUUGACUUAUGACACCAUCAUAAACUUUGUUUAACUUCUUUGAACCCAAUGAUGAUUAGUUCACAUAAUUUCAUCCCAAGAUUGAUACAUAGUUUGUAAUCGGCAUAGAUGAUAAUGAAAAGUUCUAGUUUGAGGGAGAAUGAGAGAGAAAAAUAUUUCAAUACA